AUGGGAACCCGUCGAAUUCGGCGGUCCGAUGGAGAAUACACAUUGUUUUUUCGGAAAGUUAGCCCAUUUUCAAAUCAUCACCCAGCUGAUUUCAUUUGCGACGAAGCGAUAAAUUGUAAAGAGCCGAAAACCUUUUGCUGCUCGGAACAGUACUAUAUGUACAAUAAGGCUUCACUAUUGAUGGAUUCAAAACUGAUGGCAGCGAUUCUAGAAGCAACUUGUCCGAAAACAAUGAAGACAAUGUGUUCUAAAUGGUCGUUGAAAGGAUGGAAGGAUUCGGUAUGGGAUGAGAACAAAGAAGAAGUGAUGAGAAUAGGAUGCUUGGCAAAAUUCCGUGCUUCUCGCCAUCUUCGUUAUGCUCUUUUUCUCACAACUGGUAGCAAACUAGUCGAAUGUAGUCCGUUCGAUAAAAUAUGGGGAAUCGGUUAGUUUCCAACGGAUCGUCUUAUUCUUCCAUCGCCCAUCACAAUGCAAUCAGAAUCUUCAAACUGGAAAUGUUUUGAAAUCAUUGAAAUCAUCUUUGAGCUGAUAUGGUGACGGAAGAAAAGGACGUCUGAAAAUGGCUGAAUUAUUAUAGGAAAAGAUAUGCAAGCCGCACAAUGGGCUCCAUUGAGCUCUGGCAAGAAUCUGCUGGGAAAGAUUUUGGAUGGAAUCCGAGAGGAAUUGUGGGAUGAUUCAAAUUACAAAGAUGAACGAGAAGAAGUGGAGAAACGAAUGGAAACUGAAAGAGAUUAUCUAUUCACUGCUAUAGAGCACAUGGACUUGAUGUACAAAGAAAGAGCAACAAAAAGAGUAUUAUUGUUCGAGGAAGAAUUGUUAACUGAUGAUAGAUCCUACAUCACACCAGAUAUUCAGAGGCUCCUUCCCGACUGGGCUUGGCCGCCGAUCCUCGUGAAAAACGAGCCUAUUCAACCAUCGCUGCCUGUAAUAAUCGAUUUCCCUAGAUCAUCUCCACUUCGAGCAGCUGAAAUAUCACGUAGGAAGAGCACAUCUCAUUCGACAAGCUUGAGUAAAAGGCGGUACCUCAGGAGCAGAUCGAGAAGUCUGUCCAAAAGCCCGGCUCGAAGACGCUCCAGACAUCUUUCCCGAAGUGGAUCCCGUACACCAGCUCAACGGCAUUCCAGAAGAUCCGAAAGUACAUCUCGAAGACGUUCCGGACGGCACUCUAGAAGUCGAUCUAGAAGCCCACCACGAAAACGUCCGGUACGCCGAUCAAGAAGCAGAUCCAGGAGCAGGACACCAAACCGAAAUUGGACAAGAGCACGGAGCAGAACAAGAAGUCAGGCUAAAAGUAGCAGCACUUUAACCUGGCCACUGAGCCCAUCGAGAAGCAGAAGUAACAGUAAUGAAAGGAAUUUGAAAGAGAAGAAAGACCGGAAAAAGAAAAAAUCUGAGAAGAAACGGAAGCAUCAUUCUAAAUCCAGAAAACACCGUUCUAAAAGAUCCGAAUCCAGAGAAGAACGUCACAGAAGACGGAAGGAGAAGAAAAGAGAGAAAAAGAAGAAACGACGUCGGAGAAGUUCCACUACUUCAGAUUAAACUUUAUUUUUGAAAACUAGUCAUAACUUUAAAAGUCAUAACUUUUUUAAAAGUCAUAACACUGGUUUAAUAUCAAAUGUCUUUUCAAAUAUUCUCUAUUUAUUUAUUCUUCGUAAUUAAACUGAGAUUAAGUACUGGGUAUAUCAUUAAUAAAAUUACGAUACUUUGCCGAAUAAAUCAGUUAUAAUUACAA